AUGCGGCAAAUCACAAAAGCCGCUGGUAAAAGAGAUGGGGUGCUCAAGGAUGUCACUGUGGAAAGUGAAAAGGAACCCGCUGGUCCGAACAGUCGAAGAUCACUGAACAAACUGAUCAGCAAAGCGCGACGGACUACGAAGAGCGCUGCGGGUCAGCGAGAGAAGAUGAAAAUGCAAGCGAGCAGUCGUGAAGUGUCGGAUUUAGAAAAGGAAGCCAAAAGGCAGAUCUUGAAGGAGGCCGAGCGAGCUGUUAAGCGUUAUGAAGUUGUGGGGCCGCAGGGCUGGUGA